CGAUAUAGUUUUCGUUAAUGUUCCCCUCGCUGCUGAAAUGCUGGGGUUGUACGACGUUUGCUUCAGAGAGGCGUGUUAAGGGCGGCUUUUAGAGCAGCGGCUUGAGGUGUGGCUCGCACAGUCUGGUCAAGACAAUCUGUAACAUUAACAUAUAAUGAAUUGAUCUUUUACGUGUUGUUUGUGAAGAAGAAAAAAAAAACGCCUGUGCUUUCCCUCACAUGAAAUCCUGCAGGCGCCCCUGGUGUAUUAGCAAUGUGAAUUAUAGGUCUAGGCCUACUCCACAUUAUUUUUAAUGCAAGUGCGAGUGCAGCUAUUUUGUAACUUGAAUGUGCCAGGCUUCCGGUAUCAUUCGCUUCCAGACGAAUAAAACAGCUCGUUAUGUUGCUUGAUAUUUCAAACUAGUGUCGUCAUUAUCAAUUUAUCAUAUUAUAUUAUUUAAUUCACUAUUGUAAUUAUAAACACACUGGUUUGUAGCGCAAUACGUUUGAUCGUUUAGCGGCUAAAAAAACUCUCGCACGUUCAAAGAAAAUUGUUUACUUCCGCGUUGUCUAAACGUGGACAUUGUGAUCAAAUUAUCUGUGAAAUGUAUUCUAAUAUCAUUAUUUUUCAGAAAAAUUAGAGUGCGAAAGAAGUCCUCUUUUAGGCCAACAGCAGCCAGUUCUGCCCAGAGAGAGCAUCCACAAGCAGGCACCAGAGAGUGACCAGGGGCAGGGCUCAGUCUAAUCUCCAGCAAUUCUGCUAUUAUCUGCUCUAUCCGUUCAAAGUCUCAUGUCAAAGCAUCACCAUUGUAAAUAGCCAAGGGUCUGGCGUGGGGGCAGAUAGUGAUGUUUUGAUGAGUCAGUGGGUCUAAGACCUCCACAAUAGGCUGCACAGGGCUCCACAAUAGUGAAGGCUAAUACGUUUUUUCUGUUGGCUGCUGCUGAGUGUGCAGGCCUGAUGUGCAUUCUGCACUAAACGAGGGGCCCUGUCCUAUAAAAACACUGGACAAGGGCUUGGCCACCACAUUGAUUAUACUGGAUCUGUCCCACCUCAAGAGUGCGGUGAUCGACAUCAGCCAUGAAUCCGCAGGAGCUUUUGGAGCAGAAGGGGAAGUUUAGGAUGACUGUGUUCGAGGAGGAAUACUUCCAGGGCAAGAGCUGUGAAUUCACAUUUGAGUGCCAGAACAUUCUGGACAGAGACUUCAGAAAGAUUCGCUCCAUUAAGGUGGAGAACGGCCCCUGGGUGGGGUACGAGUAUCCUGAGUUCCAGGGCCAGCAAUUUAUCCUGGAGAAAGGAGACUAUCCCUGUUACCAGGCCUGGAGUGGCAACAGCAGUUACAGAACAGAGCACAUGCUCUCUUUCAGGCCUAUUAAAUGUGCUAACCACAGUGACAGUAAGAUUACUCUCUAUGAGUGUGAAGACUUCAUGGGACGUAAAUUUGAGAUGUGUGACGAUUAUCCUUCCCUUCAAGCCAUGGGUUGGUGUAGCAAGGAAGUUCCCUCAAUCAAAGUCAACUCUGGAGCCUGGGUAGGCUAUCAGUUUCCCGGUUACCGUGGAUAUCAGUACAUCUAUGAGAGAGACAGACACGAAGGAGAGUACAGAUGCUACAACGAGUACGGCACCCAGGCACACACCAAUCAGAUCCAGUCUAUGCGCAGAAUUCAGCAAUAAGACCCAACACCAUUGUGUACCCACCAUGUCAUGCCAUGUCAAUACUAUAGGCAAUAAAGACAUUAUUUAAACUAUAGUAAAAGAGUGUUUGUGGCAAUUCCUUUAAUUUUUAUUUUUUAAUGAAAACAACUUCUCUGCUCAAUUUAUGGAUCUGCUACGAGGUAAUUAUUGAUGUAAAACAAGCAGAUCCGAUGUUUUUUUAAGCUAUAUGUAAUUAGAACAGGCCUCCCACAUUUCUAGGUAAAUGUUAUCAUGCAGAAAUUUUAGCAAGUUUUUUUUUUUAGAAUAGUCAGACUAGACUGAUGGAGGAAUAAGCCACUUCAUUAUAUUUAACAAUUAGGAUGUUUUAUGCUAGCUGAACAAUGCCAAGUCUUGCUUAAUGAUGUCCUAAACCACCUGUAUGAUGGAUAUGAGACUGUGAUAUUUCUAAUAAACAAGAGCAUGAGUAA